UCGCUUCCUGGCUGCUUCGUCCGUCCCCCGUCCGUCUCGCCCAAUCGCCCUCUCGUCUCGUCUCCGCUCCGCUCCCCAGCAGGACCCGCGACGCCUCUCCUCGCCCAGUGCCGCCACUCCCAGCCUUGACUCGUUCGCUGGGACCGAGCACCGCCUCGUGCUCUUCGCCGUGCUUCUGCGGGCUCCUCCUCCUCUCCUCCGCGCCCGGCGCGGCGCCGUCCUGGUGGUUCCGCGGGGCGCCGGUCGGGCGCGAUCGGACGUGCGGCCAACCCGCCCGGCUCCGGAGAGAUAUAUUGUAAAAUGGAAGUACUGCGUGAUAUGCACCUGCCACCAGGAUUUGGAUUCCAUCCUUCGGAUCCUGAACUUAUUUCUCACUAUCUGAAGAGGAAAAUACUUGGCCAGAAAAUUGAAUAUGAUCUUAUACCAGAGGUGGAUAUAUACAAGCAUGAACCAUGGGAUUUACCUGCAAAGUGCAAUCUUCCAAUCAAGGACAACAAGUGGCAUUUCUUUGCCUCUCGUGACAGGAAGUACCCUACUGGCUCUAGGUCAAACAGGGCAACACUCGCUGGUUACUGGAAAUCAACUGGGAAGGACCGAGCCAUAAAGCUGAACAAGCGAACUCUAGGAACAAAGAAGACUCUAGUUUUUCAUGAAGGCCGGCCUCCCUCUGGCAGACGCACUGAGUGGAUUAUGCAUGAGUACUACAUAGACGAGAAUGAAUGUAAAGUCAGCCCUGAUAUGAAGGAUGCCUUUGUCCUCUGCCGUGUUACUAAAAGAAGUGACUGGGCAUUAGAUAAUGAUAAUGAGGUGGGCAACAGGAACUCUCAUCUGGAACAACUAGAUGAUGCUGCUACAUCAGUUGUCAGCACUGUAAAGCCAGAAGAUGCUGCUGCCUCAGUCAUCUGCCCAGAAGAAUCGAAUCAUGCUGCUACACCAGUUGGCAGUGCUGAACUAUGUAAUGAUGUUGCUCAGGCAGCUAUCACUCCUGAUUCAAGAUCUCCAAAUGGUGGCAUUGAACUGGAAACAUGGCUGGAAGAACUGUUGGAUCCUUCACCUUCAUUUAACCUUGUAGCUGAUACUGGUUCUGCUGGCGUGUCUCUGACUGAACAAUGUGCUGAAUCAUCGAAUUUGCAGAAUCCUGGUUUCAUGGCUCCAAAUAUUGGACCAGGCCAUGCUAGCCCUAUCCAGGAUGGAACAGAUGCCACAGACUACCUAUUCACUGAUGAUCUUCCUGAGGAUCUUUACAGUAUGUUGUAUCCUGGUACUGACCAGUUCAAUGAUAAUAUAUUCUUGGAACAAGUUGGCCAGGAAGGUAUUGCUUUUCCUACCAACCAGGCAUACUACAUGAUGGGAACAGAUGCUUAUGCUCUUCCAAACAACUUUGAGAAUGGAACUCCGAAUGUUGAAUUGCAGUUAGACCAGGAAAAUGACCAGAUGAAUCUGCCAAAUGGAAAUGUUGACACUGGAAUUGCAAUACGAAGUCGCAGAGCAACAGCAUCUCCUGCUAACAUUUCACUAGCAUAUGGCAAUAUUAAAAUGCAGGUUGGAAUUAAGAGGAUGGUCACAAGUAAUUCCGAAUCUAUCAACCAGACUAUGAAGUUUACACAUAACAGUGGUCGUCGUCUUGAUCUCAGGACUGAUGUUGAACACCAGAAGAAAAAUACAAACAAUGUCAUUUCUGCCAAGCAAUCUGAUGCAGCCAAGACUGAAGGCCACAGCAAUCAAGGUUAUCUCAAGGGCUUCAAAAGAUGUUCAUCAGCUGGGUUCAAGUCAUACAUAUUUGUUGCCUUUUUUGUGGUUGGAGUUGCUGCUGCAGCUGCAGCGCUGCAUUAUCACCGCUCUGGUGCCAACCUAUAAAUUUGAAUCAUCAAAGAUCAGCACGCUUAGUUGUAGCUCUAGUGAUCAGCGGCAGCAUUGGCUUGAGCUUAGAAUCUUCCCGGCUUCAUCCUUGGAGUAGUUCGUCAGCUUGGGGUUACUGGCCUUCUGGGGAUACAUUUGUGUGACCACUGAUUCCCAGCUAUCUCCACACGUUUUUUUUGUGGUGCUGUACAUAUUAAGUUUUUUCUUCUUUUUUGAUCGUCUAGUUGCUACCAACGGGUGCCUAUCAAAAAAGAAAAAAAAAGGGAAAAAGGGUUGGGGGUGUAUGAACAAAAAAAGAUGUAGCUUUGGCUUUUGUAAUCUGAACCAUGCUCAUAAAUGAUAGUGGAUGACUACAUUAUUAUUACACA